AUGAAGGAAUCAAUUGCCAUAUCUACCAAUAGAGAGGCUUUAGAGCCCGAAUACAAGUACUGCUUGCAGACAUGGGCCGGAGGCCUUGAUAGAUUUCUUAGUAUGCAAGGUGGAGAUGAUGACGGCAGCUAUGCAAAGAAUUCAGAAGCUCCUGCAUCUGCAAUCACCAUAUGUAAGCCAUUGUUCUUAGUGGCUAUACAAUCUCUGAAACUUUUUAGGAGAGAGGAGGAAAUGGAUUCUGUAAGAAUAGCUGACUUGGGUUGCGCAACUGGGUACAACACCUUAGCCACAAUUGACAUGGUUGUUGAGAGUCUAAGACACCGAUACAUCCAAGAGUGUGGGUUGGAGCCCGAGUUUGAGGCCUUCUUCGCCGAUCUCCCUUCAAAUGAUUUCAACUCUUUAUUCCGGUCAUUGCCUGCCGCCAUGUUAUCCGACGGCAAAACAAGGCGAUAUUUUGCUGCCGGUGUGCCUGGAUCAUUCUAUGGUCGCCUCUUUCCUAAAAGAAAGCUUCAUGUCGUGGUUAGCUUAAGUGCUUUACAAUGGCUCUCCAAGAUACCAGAUGAAGUGCUGGAUAACAAAUCACCAGCUUGGAACAAAGGGAGAGCGUGGAUUGAUGGAGCAAAGGGAGAGGUAGUUGAAGCCUAUGCGAAGCAAUCCGAAGAGGAUUUGGAGAGCUUUUUAAGAUGCCGGAAGGAAGAGAUUGUACGAGGAGGAAUGCUGUUUAUGGUAAUGGGAGGAAGGCCUCGAUCCGAGCAACCUGAGAAUCAGUUAGGGGAUCCAGACUCAAGAGCCAAGCACCCUUUUACAACUUCCAUGGACCAGGCUUGGCAAGUCCUAUUAAAUGAGGGUUUGAUAGACGAGGAGACCAGAGACGGGUUCAAUAUUCCGGUAUACAUGAGAAGCACGGAGGAGGUUGAGAGGGGAAUAAAGAGAUGUGGUGGGUUUGAGAUACAAAGGAUAGAGUACCAGAAGAUAGUGGAGCAUUCAGAGGAGAAGCAUGAGGAGUGGAUCAAGGAUCCGGUUUCCUAUGGGAGAGCCAAAGCAAACCUUGUCCGUGCCACCCUGAGGCCCAUAGCAGAGACCCACCUCGGUCCCUACCUCUCUGAGGAGUUGUUCAAGCGCUAUGAGAACCGGGUUUCUUCUGAUACUGUCCUCCUCCAUAAGACUUGUUUCUAUGGUGUUAUUAUUGCUUGUGCAAUUAGAAAGUGAUCAAACUAAAA